AUGUCUAAUCCGGCACCAGCUUCAACUCCGACGCCUCCAGACUCUUUGCCGCAUGCUUCUACCAAUCCCGGUACCCCAGACUCUGUUAAAAAGAGAUCACUUUCAGAUAUGGGCAGCGAUUCAACAAGAACAGAGGGUGGUAGUAAACUAGCUAGCGGUGAUGGUGAUGGUGAUGGUGGUGGUGAUGGGAAUGCCAUGGGUCUUGGUACCGGCGCAGUCGGGCCAGCCAAGAAGAGGACAAAGUUGACCGAGGCUGAGAAAGAAGCUAGAGAGAAAGAGAGACUCGAGAGGGAGAAGGAGAGAGUUACCAAGGAAAAAGAAAGGCUUGCUAAAAAAGCUGAACGGGAUGAGAAGAGACGUAUUAAGGAUGAGGAGAAGAAGAAAAGGGAAGAUGAGAAAGCUAAGAAAGAGAAGGCCCAAAUGCGUCUCGUCUCGUUUUUCACCAAACCUGUCGCCGGGCCUACCCCUCAGUCCAUUGCGCCUUCAACUGCCAGCACUUCAAUGCAGAUGGUGGUUGGUAGCCCGCCUCCACCUGACAUUAGUCUAAAGAGACAAGUGCGGACGGAUUAUGAACGUAGUUUUCAGCCAUUUUUCGUGAAGCCAAAUGUUACUGUCGCUCCUGUACCGUUUGAGCGUGAUCAUAGUUACAAACUUGUUAUCAAGGUUGCACUUGACAACGCUCUCUCUCCCCCUCUCUCUCAAGACCCGCUCUCUAUCCGAGAUCCUGAAUCUCCCUCUGGCCAGUCUCCACCCGUGGAGAUUGGUGAAAGGCUUACAGUCGGACGGAUAGAAGAGCUAAUGCAUAUUCCCCAUCACAAGCGUGGUCGCCGCGGAAAGCCUCCCAAUUAUUCUACAAAGGAUAUCCUUGCCAGAAUUAAUGCACCUGAUGGUGUUUAUCUUAACUUGCUCAAUUCACUGCCUCAUAAGUUCCUGCGGUUUGCGGAGGAUGUUCGGCCUCCUUACUCUGGAACCUAUACUAAAAGACCUGCCUCUUCUGGUUUGUUACGUGGUCGUAACCCCUUUCAAAAGUCACUGCCUAAAGUCGAUUACGAAUAUGAUUCUGAGGCCGAAUGGGAGCAAGAAGGAUUGGAUGGAGAUGGCGAGGAACUCUUGAGCGACGAGGAGGAUGAAGAGGAUGGCGAUAGUGGCGACGAGGAUUUAGAUGAAUUCCUAGAUGAUGAUGAGGAGGAGGGCGCGAUUAAGAAUCGUCGUGCGGCGGUAUCUGCCCUUGUUCCUCUCUGUUCUGGCCUGUGCUGGGAAGACUUUAUGGGGAGAAACCCGAGAAAGGAGUUGAGGGAAAUGAGUCUUGGUAUCCUAAUAGGUAUAUAUUUUGAUUCCACAAUUCUUCAGUUUCCAUGUCUUGUCACUUAUAUAUGGCUUCAGAUGGGAUAA